UUAAGAAAUAAAAUUGAAAUAUGAAAUUUAUUGGCUUGCUUCUCAUUAUCUUCACUGCUACUUGCCUAGCAGAAGUCAUUGAAUUAGAAGAUGCAGACUUUUUUAAGGGAAGAGUCUUGGACAACUAUGGCAAUGUUCAAGGCAAAUGGUUCAUCAAGUUCUACGUGCCCUGGUGCCCUCACUGCCAACACCUAGCUCCUGAAUGGGCCAAAAUGGCCCAUUCAGUUGACGACGAGGUUAAUGUAGGAGGUGUUGACUGCACUAAGCAUGAUGACCUCUGCAUGUUCUACGAGGUCUAUGCCUAUCCAACCAUUUACUACAUCGAUGAUUCUCUUGGCAUGGUAAAGUAUGAAGGAAGAAGAGCCGCAAAAGACUUGACUAAAUAUAUCCAAAACCAAGAAUACAACAAUGAGGAUGCUACUAAUGCCAAGGACAUUCAGAAGUUUAAACAAAUGAGUGAUUUUGACAAACUCAGGGGUAUUUUCGGCUUGGGUUAA